AUGGCUCCAGUGGCAGUGAUGGUGCUGCUUGCAACCAUGCUGGCGCCAUGCUACGGUGUGCCUGCAAACGGGAACUGGGUGGGGUCUCAGAGGUGUAACGUGCCUUUGAGUCAGCGUGCAGGGGACAGUGCACAGUGCAGGGUUCGAGGCAGCAAGGGAGAGGCUGGCGAUGAGUAUGAGAGAGGUGCUUGGCAGUGCGUGCCAAGGGGAGGAAGGCAAGCUCAGGGGUGGGCGGGGGACAGUGUGGAGUGGAUGGCAACGAAUGGUGCGUGGAUUAGAGCAGGUGGAGUGCAUGGGUCAGGACUGGAGGGGCGGCUGGAGUUGCCAGUUGCAAGUCUAGUCGCACUGCCCAGGAAGCAGGUGCAGUGCUUCCUGGGCAGGCCAGACUUUGAUUUCCUCCACAGCUCUCGCCCCGCCCAGGAGGCGAGAGCUGUGGAGGAGAGGAGACUGCCCAGGAGGCGAGAGCUGUGGAGGAGAGGAGACUGCCCAGGAGGCGAGAGCUGUGGAGGAGACUGCCCAGGAAGCACUCCAUAG